GGCGGCGGUGCCCGGGCUCGGACGGGGCGGGGGGCCUGCACCGGCGGGACCGCGGAGAAGCCAGACUUCCUGUUUUCUGGCACUGAUAGUGCAUGGCGGCUUAUCCUAACUCUGUCCUGAAGUGAGGUGGGAAAUCUGUCCAAUAAUCCAGCAUCAGUAAGACAGACAAGAGGUCUGCAGGCGAUAAAGAAUCCACCAUGAAUGGGCAGCUGGACUUAAGUGGGAAGCUGAUCAUCAAAGCUCAGCUUGGGGAAGAUAUUAGGAGAAUUCCUAUUCAUAAUGAAGAUAUCACCUAUGAUGAAUUGGUGCUAAUGAUGCAAAGAGUUUUUAGAGGAAAACUUCUGAGUAAUGAUGAAGUCACAAUAAAAUAUAAAGAUGAAGAUGGAGAUCUUAUAACAAUUUUUGAUAGCUCAGAUCUUUCCUUUGCAAUUCAGUGCAGUAGGAUACUUAAGCUGACAUUGUUUGUGAAUGGACAACCAAGACCCCUAGAAUCUAAUCAGGUGAAAUACCUGCGUCGAGAGCUGAUAGAACUUCGCAAUAAAGUCAAUCGUUUACUGGACUGUUUAGAACCACCAGCUGAACCAGGGCUUUCCACUAAUCUGCCUGAAAGUGAAGCUGUAGAUGGUAGGGAAGAAAAGCCUGCUGCUGCUGACUCUAAUGUUAAGCCAUCUACUCAAGUUAUAGCAGCAAGCAUGUCUGCAUUUGAUCCACUAAAGAACCAGGAUGAAAUCAGCAAGAACGUCAUGUCAGCGUUUGGCUUGACAGAUGAUCAGGUGUCAGGACCACCCAGCGCCCCUGCAGAAGAGCGAUCGGGAACACCAGACAGCAUCGCUUCUUCCUCCUCUGCAGCCCACCCCCCCGGUGUUCAGGCACAGCAGCCACCGUACCCCGGAACACAGCCACAGACUGGUCAGGUGGAAGGUCAGAUGUAUCAACAGUACCAACAGCCUGGUUAUCCUGCUCAGCAGCCGCAGGCUCAGCCUCAGCAACAGUACGGUAUGCAGUACCCAGCAGGCUACAGUCAGCAGCAAACCCCCUCGCAGCAAGCCCAGCAGUUCCCGGCCUACAGCCAGCCGGCGGCCCCGGCCCCGGCUGCCGCCUUCCCGGGGCAGCCGCAGCAGCUGCCGGCGCAGCAGCCCCCGCAGUACCCGGGGGGCAGCUACCCCCCGCAGCCCUACACCACGCAGGCCUCCCAGCCCGCCCCCUACAGCGGCCCCCCCGGCUCCCAGGCGGCGCCCGGCACCUACCAGCCGCGGCCCGGCUUCACCCCCCGCCCGGCAGCACCAUGACCCCCCCGCCCGGCACGGCCAACCCCUACGCCCGCAACCGGCCUCCCUUCGGCCCCCAGGGCUACACCCAGCCUGGACCCGGCUACCGGUAAGGAGGUGCCGCCGAACACGGGCCGCUGGCACGUACGAUUCCAUCCCAACAGACUCCAGGAUUUUUAACUGAGAUUCCAAAACUGUAAUGAGGCAAAACCAUAGCUGUCAAUUCAAUUCUGCGGGGGGGAGGGGAACGACCAAAUGAAUCUUUCCUGCUUUAAAUUGUAUACGCUUCCUAGUUUAAUUUGGGGCUGGGCUGUUUUUGGGAAACACUACCUAAAUGUCUGUAAAGUGAUUGACAUUCUAGCUUGCCUUGUUCGAAGGAUAUGAAGAUGCUAGUUGGAAGUUUAGCCCACCUAUCAGGCUUGUUUGUACUAAUACCAUGAUGUACUAAAUUAGAUUCAUUCUGGAGGUAAAACUAGGUAUGAUGUAUUAUAAAUUGUAAUGCUCACAUGGAAAACUAAUAAAAGCCCUGAAUCUAUUA